UAAAGGCAUCAAAGUUAUCAAACUCGAAAGACAUCCAAUCCUAUUCGGAAAAAUAUCCUCAAUUAGAUCCAGACAGAGAGUCUAAUACGCCAUCGCUUAAUUACGUAAUCACUUUCCUCACAUCUUUCCCUCUUUCUGCAACAUUAUUACACACUCCACUCUCUUCUCGUUCUCAUUCGCCACGACAAUACAGAGCACAAUGGCCCAAGAAACCAAAAAUGAGAACCCGGAUCAAUCAACGCCCACAACCCGAUCCGUCGGCGGCACCGAAUACGGCUGGUGCAAAGCCGUCCCCGGAGGCACCGGCUCCACCGUCCUCAGCCUCCUCCUCUCUAAACCUCCACAAAUCCCUCACCUCCAAAACGCCCUCCACAAACUCCAAAUUUCCCACCCAAUCCUCCGUUCAAAGAUCCACCUCGACACAACCACCAACACAUUCCACUUCGUAACUCCCCCAACUCCCCGCGUCCAAAUCGAGCCCUUCGAUCUCCAAUCCACCUCCCAAAUCCUCCAAUCUCAAACCAACGGCCACGAUCUCACCGACCUCGACCCCUUCCACGCGCUACUCGAACACGAGAUGAACCGCGACACGUGGCGGGAUCCUGAAGACGGAGACGCCGACGUUAUGUAUGCUAGCACGUACGCGAUUAGCGACAAACGGUUCGCGUUGUUUCUCCGGCUUCACACGUCGGCUUGCGAUAGGGCAGCGGCGGUGGCGCUGCUUAACGAACUGUUGAGGCUUGUCGCUGGUGGAGGUGACGGUGGGGAGGUGGAGGGUGAUAAGGUGAAUCUUGCGAUUGAGGAUCUGAUUCCGGAAGGGAAGAUGAAUAAACCGUUUUGGGCGCGUGGAUUGGACGUGCUUGGUUACUCGCUUAAUGCGUUUAGGUUUUCGAAUCUGAGUUUCGUGAAUGCUGAUUCGCCUCGAAGCUCUAGGAUGGUGAGGUUUCAACUGAAUGCAGAUGAAACCAAGAAUCUGCUAGAUGGAUGCAAAUCAAGAGGAAUUAAACUUUGCGCGGCACUUGCAGCAGCUGGAAUGAUUGCCGCAUGGAAAUCUAAGCGUCUUUCUGAUUAUGAAUCAGAAAAAUAUGCUGUAGUAACACUCAUUGACUGUCGCCCUCUUCUUGAUCCAGUACUUUCCAGCAGCCAUUGUGGAUUUUACCAUUCUGCCAUUUUAAAUACCCAUGAUGUUUGUGGAGAAACCUUAUGGGAGUUGGCAAAGAGAAGUUACUCAUCCUUUGAAAAUGCUAAGAACAACAAUAAGCAUUUCACAGAUAUGUCUGACCUCAACUUCCUCAUGUGCAAAGCCAUUGAUAACCCUGGUAUGACACCAUCGUCAUCCCUUAGAACUGCACUGGUCUCUGUAUUUGAUGAUCUUGUCAUUGAUGAUUCGACUGAAAUGCACGAAGAGCUUGGAUUGGAAGACUAUCUGGGUUGUGCUUCCGCUCAUGGUGUUGGCCCGUCGAUAGCCAUAUUUGACGCCAUACGGAAUGGAAAGUUGGAUUGUGCUUGUAUAUAUCCUUCACCCCUUCAUUCAAGAGAGCAGAUUCAAGGAUUAGUUGAUCAUAUGAAGAGAAUACUUGUGGAUGGUUGUAACAGGAAAAAUUAAUAAUUUAAUUAUGAGCAUUUGUUGAAAAUUUUAAUGACCAAUUCGUAAACUUGAUCGCCUCUUCAUUUUCAGUGUUUUGUGGUAAUUAAUACCUUCUACUGUAAUGCAGAUUAGUUCUCUGCUCUGAGUUUGUCUCAAGAAAUGAGAGGUUUAUUUCAAUCGGAAACUUCAACAAUUAUGACUGAAUCAAGUUACUAUAAUGCUCA